AUGUCAUUUGAUUUGCUCGUAAAAGUCGCGUGUGAAGCCGCAAACGAGACAUUUGUGAUGGAAAGAGUUCAUUUUUCCGAGCAUAAACUUUUGUUCGACAAUGAUAUUCGCAAUGAAAAUUUGGCGAAUAUUGGGCGACCGCGUGUAUGGUCACAGACACGGCAAGAAUUAUGCGAAAGCGUUCCAUAUUUUCGUAAUUGGCAAUCUGGGGUAUAUUUCAAAGAAGGAGUAACGUAUGGUUACCUUGUUGAUGGGUACGGCGCGAUGCGUGAUCCAGAAUAUGAAUUAGACAACAAUGACGAUGAUCUUACCGAUGAAGAAGAUAUCUUGAAUGGAAAUAAUACAGAACAUAAACCUAAGACCAUGCAUGAGGGCCCAUUUAUUCGGUGGAAAUUUCGAUUUGAAUGGGUUCCAGAUCAAGAAUAUCCACCUUGGUGGGAAUCACCUAGUCAAAAACUUAUUUAUUCAACUCUUUUACCGGGCGCUUUAAGAGUUUUUAUAUGCCCCGAAUGCGAAGCUCCAUCAUCUAAAAUUUAUAAAACUGCGUGGAUAUGCUUAAAUCAUAAAUGUAACCGUUUUUGGCAGGCGUGGUCUGAUAAAAAUCAAUGGAUUAAAGUGCCAAAUAAUCUUAUAUAUGAUCCAGUGUUUCUUAAUCCUGGUCUAAUUUCUCGUGAUCAAUUGCAUCGUAUACCCUUCUCAAUAUUGCCACCACAGCCUCCAGGCACGUCGAAUAAUGACAUAACGAAUUCUAGUGUUUUAUAUGGUGUUCAAUACUGGAAAGGAUUUCAUUGUCUUCGAUGUGGUCGAGUUUCUUGUCGAGAUAGAUGGGCUUUUUGGGAGUGCGCAAAUUGUGGGUUAAAGCAUGAAGCACCAGAACAACGUCUUUUUCCUUCGAUGUUACGCAACCCGAAUCUCCCUGUGUUAAUUGGGCCUGCGUUCGAUUACGAUUCAUGCAUUAAAGAUAAUAGUGGGAUUACCAAGACUAGUGAAGUGUCUGCUGAGGGUGCCGUCGUUCGCAAAUAUUACUUUCCUGAAGGUGGCUAUAUUAUACACAGGAUUGGAAAUAAUUCUAUAAAUAGAAUAUCGGAUCAAUUUUUCAUGAAAUUCCAACGAAAGGAUUUGCCGUUUAAAAGGAAUACCUUAAAAAAAGGAUGUAAUAGAAGUAA